CGAUAAUAAUGCAGUACUGGUAAAUGUAGAAGUAAAGAGUUGGAAAUGGAAGACAGGGAGUUAAUAGAAAAUACCGAACAUAAACUGAAAAAGCACGCCGGAGAAAAGGGCAGUAUUAUAACAUAUAUCCCAUUUGUUUGGCAAAUACCUAUAAUUCUGAAAGGUUGGAAGCAUGGGUUAACAGAACAAGAUCUUUAUAUACCGUUGAAAAAAUAUGAAUCUAAACGGUUAGGUGACAAGUUGGAACGCCUCUGGCAAGACGAAGAAAGGUUUUCUAAAAAUCCUUCCCUAACCAAAACGCUAUGGAAGCUAAUACGGGUAGAAUUCAUCGUUUAUGGGUUCCUAUUGUUUAUAUUUAAAGUAACUUCUUUUACCAUACAGCCAUUCUGCUUAAAGAAAAUAUUAGAUUACUAUACACCCAAUCAAACUGAUGUAUCUCUAAAAGAAGCCUACACAUAUGCGGCAAUUAGUGCCGCAACAAUUCUACUAUUUACGAUUAUGAUACACUGGACCUUACUACAACUCACACUGUUAGGGUUGAAGAUCCGAAUAGCUUGUUCUUCGCUGAUUUAUCGUAGAGCUUUGAAACUAAAACAAAGUUCUUUAGAGAAAGUGCCAAUAGGGCACGUAAUUAACUUAUUGUCAAAUGGUGUGACCAGAUUUGAGACAAGUAUAACACUUCUUCCCCACAUUUGGAUAGCGCCUGUUAAUUUAAUAAUAGUAACUUGUUUUCUGGAUUUCACUCUUGGUCAUACAGCCACUUGUGGAAUCGGUGUCAUAAUUAUUUUUCUAAUAUUUCAAAUGUACUCAAUGAAAAUGCUUUCGUCUGUCAGAAAGAGCGUUGCUGAAAAAACUGAUUACAGGGUGCGUUUAAUGAAUGAUGUAAUUUGCGGUAUUCAUGCUAUCAAAAUGUACACUUGGGAAGAACCGUAUAUGAAACUGAUACACAACGUUAGAAAGUAUGAAGUUUAUUUGCUAAGGAACAACUUACAUUUCAAGAUUAUGUGUGUACUUAGCAGUAUUAGUGUCUACAUUGAUGGGCUUACGUUUGACGCCACAGUUGUUGAAACAAACAUUUCGAUAAAGCGAAUCGAAUCGUUCUUACUGCAUGACCGCCAAACUUUUUCGUUAAUCAAGGGCACAAAAACCUUGACUCCAAAUAUAUAUCCGAAACUUAAAUUUAAACAAGAAAAAUAUCGGAAAGAAAACGGAAUCUCUUUAAAAAAUGUUAGCAUCAAGUGGAAUUCCAGUUCUCCUAGUUUUAACCUAAAGGAUGUUAAUUUUGAAGCUCUACCCGGAGAGCUAGUUGCUGUAGCUGGUGCUACUGGUAGUGGAAAAUCGACACUGCUUUAUUCACUUUUGCAAGAAGUUGAUGUGAUUAAAGGUAACAUUGAGGUGGAAGGAAGAAUCUCUUAUACAUCACAAGAAGCUUGGAUUUUUUCAGCCAGUAUUAAACAAAAUAUCCUCUUCGGUGAAGAUUUCGACAGACAAAAAUAUUUCAAAGUACUUAACGUCUGUGCUCUUGAACACGACCUAGCCCUUUUUCCGCACGGUGACCAAACACGUGUUGGUGAAAGAGGGGUUAUGUUGAGUGGUGGUCAAAAGGCAAGAAUCAGUUUAGCAAGAGCUGUGUACAGAGAUGCCGAUAUUUAUUUGCUUGAUGAUCCAUUGUCAGCAGUGGAUGCUCAAGUGGCACAUCAUAUUUUUAAUUACUGUAUUUGUGGCUAUCUGAAAACCAAAUGUGUAAUUUUGGUGACGCAUCAGAUACAAUACUUAAAACGCGUAAGCAAAGUAUAUUUUAUUGAGUCACAAACUGUUUAUAAGUGUAAUGAAGAUACCAAUUUUGCUAAUUUUGGAAAAUAUUUUGUUGAUGAUGUUUCAAAGUCGGAAGAAACAAAACCUAAAUCCCUGGAGCUACAUCAACUUCAAGUUGAAACUAAAGAGCACCGAAGUUCUGAUACUACCUUAAGAAAAACUUACAAGGAUUACGUUAGUGCAGGGAAUUUUUUGCUUACUUGUGUUAUGUUUUGUUUUUUCUUGCUAAGUUUAGCGAUAAACAUUGCAGUUGACUAUUUUAUCGUACUGUGGGUUUACUCAGAGCAAGGAACUACAAACACAAUUUCGAACUGGUUAAAAUUUCUCGACAAAAAUUAUUACUUAUACAUAUAUACGGUUCUUUUGUUGCUUUUACUACUAUCGUCACAUGGUACUUCUUGCUUGUUCGUCACAUGGUCCAAAUCAAUUUCAAAUAACUUGCAUAACAUUAUGUUCCAAAGAAUUGUCAAUGCAACCGUAACAUUUUUCAAUCAGCACUCUUCUGGUCGAAUUCUUAAUCGUUUCACCAAAGAUGUAGGAACCAUUGACGAGAUGAUUCCAACGAUUUUUAUGACUGUACUAACGAGUUCUUCUGUGGGUUUGGUUGGAUUGGCCAUAACACAGUCUAUGGUGUUAGUACGACUAGUUCAGUAUACUUUAAAAAACUGGGGAGAUCUUGAAGCAAGAAUGGUUUCAGUGGAACGAAUAAUGGAGUAUACAGAAAUAGACGUAGAAAACAACGACGGAACUGUUAAAGGACCACAAGAGUGGCCAACUACCGGCAAACUAUCAUUUAUUUCAGUUUCUCUCCGAUAUUCUCCCGAUACUCCCUUUGUCUUGAAGAAUAUUUCUUUCGAAAUCAAACAUGGAGAAAAAAUUGGAAUUGUUGGUAGAACCGGUGCUGGGAAAACCUCACUCACUUCAAUUCUUUUCCGUUUGUUUCGCUAUGAAGGACAUGUUUUUAUCCACGGAAUUGACACUAAAACCAUACCUUUAAAUGUUCUUCGUUCUAAAAUUACCAUAAUUCCUCAAGACCCGAUUUUAUUUUUGGGUACUGUGCGUAAAAAUAUAGACCCUUUUGACAGUUACACCGACGACGAAAUUUGGAGCUGUUUGGAAGAAUUAGAACUGAAAGAAAUGGUUUCUAAAUUGCCAAAUGGCUUAGAAAGUCAAAUUUCCGAGAGGGGCUCGAAUUUUAGCUUCGGUCAAAAACAGUUGCUCUGUCUUGUUAGGGCCAUGUUGAGAAACAAUAAAUUAAUCGUGCUGGAUGAAGCUACGGCCAAUGUCGAUUUAAAGACGGAUGAAUUAAUUCAGCCCGUUAUUAGACGGAAAUUUGGAAACUGUACCGUGUUGACUAUAGCGCAUCGUUUAAACACGGUCAUAGACUCUGACAGAAUUUUGGUCCUCGAUGAUGGUUUAAUUGCGGAAUUUGAUCAUCCUUUUUUCUUGUUGCAAAACACUAAAGGCUUUUUUUAUGGACAUAUUAAACAAUAUGGAAGUGCAGUGGUGUCGGAGUUUAAGGCAAGUGCUGAAGAUAAUUACAGACAACUAAACGUUGCUUUAGCAGAAUGUGAGAAUAAAGAAGAUACCAUCUCACAAAAAGUCGCUCUCUUUUCCAAAGCAAAUUCCCUUCCGCCACCCACAUUAACCCUCCAGCCCUGUCUGAGACACGCCGCUCCGUCGAAAAAAGCCCAACCCUUUCAUUCAUUCGACAAAACGUCACCAACCGGUCGCACCCUGUCCACUAAGUAUAUUCGUUCGGAUUCCAGCACCCAUCCGACGCACUCUCCAGUCGCAUCCUGUUUAAAUUCAGCCAACCACCAUGACCGGCCGGAUUCACGGCUCGUCUGGUCCCGUUCGUUCACUCCACGUGAACGUCGGUCCCUCCGCCGCCCCCACGUACCCUCGUCAAAUUACACGUCCGCGGCAGCGAAAAAAUCCCGACAGCGGGUUGAUUUACGAGGGUGGCGGAAAAAAGCGCCGCUCUCGACACCGUGCGUCUUAAUUAGGAGAUCAGAAAGCUAUCAAAAACCGAACGGCGGCGACGACAACGCACUGGGGUUGAUAAACUGUGUGGAGAAGGUAAAAAAGCUUCACAAAGUUGUGCGGUGGCGGCGCGAAGGGGCGACGGUUCAGCUGAUUCGGGUUGAGUGGAAGAUCGAUACAAUCUCAACCAUUUUGGGCGAUAUUACAAUUUCUAAUGCAAACCUCCUCACGUAA